ACUCUGGGUAACUGGGUGAAUUGUAGCGUAAGGAGCUCGCUCACGCUGCGAAAUAAAGCUGUUUUUGUAAGAGACUGAAGAGAGUGGCUGUCUGAAGACAGAGGUUUCUAUGUGUAGACGGUGUUAACGUAAGUUUACCGUACGUCUGUUCCGCCGUUAAAAUGAAGAAGAGGAGCGCAGAGAAAAAACGCCAUGUGGUAGCGUGGGUCAACAAAGCUGAGUGGGAUCAGGUUCUGGAGUAUCUGUACUCCAAGGACUCCGCCUUACAGAGGUACGCACUGCAGAGGAUAUCAGCCUGGAAAUGCAGGUAUGCCAACAGCUGUCCUGUGGCAGUGGACUGCACAGCCGACCUGGUGAGGUGCCAGGUGCUGGACCGGUCCGGACAGCUGGACGGAGAUGACCUGGUCCUGCUUUACGGAGCGGCUCUGGUGAGGUUUGUCAAUUUGAUCACUGAGCGACAGCAGGGGAGAACAGCCCGACCACUGAGGCGGCUGGCUGGGAACUUGAACAUCCCAGAGUGGGUGGUAGACCUGAGGCAUGAUUUCACACACCGGAAGCUCCCUAACUUGAAGUGGUGCAGAAAGGGAUGUAAGGUGGUUCUGGAGUGGCUCCAGCACGAGUACUGGUCCAGGCAGCUGGGAGGAGGGCCUAAUGAGGACUGGGAGUCGCAGUCAGAUGGAGAGGAUGAGGAGAUUGACCUGAAGCGCCAAGAUGAUGAGCUCAUUGCGAGGCAAAGAGAAAUGGAGGCCUACAAGAAUGCUCGGGAACUUCUGAUUUCUUUUGAAAAGGAGCAGUACCAGACUCUUAAUGGGCUUCCUAAAGACAAAGAGAAGAGCUCAUGGCCAUCCCCCUUUGCAGACAUGAGCUGGUUACUAGGUGAGAUCAAGCAGUUUGCUCUGGAGUCAAGUGAUCUGCUGAUCGAUGUGUUGCUGGAAGAUGGAUUUCUGAUUCCUACUGUUGAACAACUGGAAACAUUAGGCUGUGACACUUCUGCCGGUGCCAGUCCCAGUCCCACUGAACCCAGACUUCCUCAGGCCUUCCUGCGUUUUUGGCUGCCCCUCCUGAAGAUUCUCAACUCACCAACCUUUGUUCACCUCCUCUUGGAGAAGCUCUUUGUUGAACUGAAGCUGCUCACCAAAGAGCAGAAUAAUCACAGGUCUUUCUACCUUUCUGCUUGGAUUUCAGAAGUCAUCGUCUGUAACAGCAACAAAUUUGAAUACCAUUUUGAAACAAAGGGACAGAAGAAGGCCAGAAUGAAGGACAGGAUUUUUGUAAACCGCAUGCAGCUAAGGUGGCAGCAGCUGCUCUCAGCAUGCCUGGAUGCUCCCUGUAUCAGCACACCUCACUUGCUCCAACUAAUCCUGGAUGACAUGGAACAUCCUCUCCCUUUGGAGACCAGACAGAGGCUGCUGCAGCUCUGCUCCAUCUACACACAGACCGCACACUCUGAAUUUGAUCCUUCUCCGGAGCAGAAACAACAGCCCAUAUACACACUGGAGAGUUUGCAUGAGAAGCUGCAGUAUUCACAACACUACAGCCAUUCCUGGCGUUCCAGGGCUGACUCGGAGCGGAGUGAGUCCUCCCAGGAGUACAAAUGGGCAGAUGUUCAGGCUGAAAAAGCUAAGCUGCUCAGAGGUUCUCCGUGGCAGGUGUGUGUUGAUAAAGUUUUGUGGAAGAACUAUCCUCUUGGUAAAGUCCCUGGACAGUCAGACGACCCUUCAUGUCUUAUGGUGGAAAACUACUCAACAAUGACCCUCUUUGACCAGCCAGUGGAGAUGGAGAGCAACGCAACACACAGCGUCCCAGGAGUCUCUGCAGCAGUGAGAACAGCUGAUGGUCUCCUCUGGAACCACAGUGAUGUUAACAAGCUGAAAUCUGGACUGCAACUUUUUUGAGUCAUGUUGUAAUAUUGUGAAAUACAGGCCUUUCGCUGAUGGUAUAUUGUUUAAGGUGUGUUCUCUUGUUUUGACACUUGUAAAAAAAAAGAAAUAAAAUGUUAUGUAAAUCUCAGUACUUACAUUUGUUGUGGGAUAAAACAAAAAUGCAAACAUCUGAUUAACUGUUUUAUUCCACCAACACAAGUCAUUUAUCUGAGACAUUUAUAAGGCAAGAACCCUAAACAUUCACUGGUUUCAGUGUCUUAAAUGUAAGGAUUUGCUUCUUUGUUGUAUCACUUAGUAUCGCAACUAACUUACUUUUAUGACAAUUAAGUGCUCAUUUUCUCAAUUCAUAGUGUAAAAUGCCCAGUGUCAUUUCCCAGAGCCCAAGAUGGUGUCUUCAGUUACUAUAUCAGACUAAAUGUCCAAACCCAAAAUGUUCACUUUUUUAACUUUUUGUAGAGAAGAAGUUUCUUUAAUUAAUAAAAAGAUUAAACAUGAGCAUAUUAGUUGCUACUGAAAGUAACUGUUAGUUGCAGCCCCGUGUAAAGCAUUUAUAAAAGCUUUCAUGUUGUACAGUGAGGUUGUUUUUCUCUUAUACCUGCCAUGCAAGUUAACUUGCUCUGUUAAUACAGUUCAGUGGAUCCCUUUCAUUUGAAAACUCGGGAGAGGGGAUACUGUGAAAUGCAUCUUCUUUUUCACACUUUUGUUUAAUAAAAACGUUUCUCUACU